AUGAAGAUGGCAAUGUCUGUGAUCCAAGCGUGCCGCAGCCUGGCUCUCUCAACAUGGCUGCUGUCCUUUUGUUUCGUGCAUCUGCUGUGCCUGGACUUCACCGUGGCCGAGAAGGAGGAGUGGUACACGGCCUUCGUCAACAUCACCUACGCCGACCCGGCGGCCGGCAGCGCCGAGCUCCGCAGCGAGAAGAGCGAGUGCGGGCGCUACGGCGAGCAGUCGCCCAAGCAGGACGCCCGCGGGCAGGUGGCCCUCUCCGCCUCGCCCGCCGACCGCUACGCCUGCGACCCCGGCACCCGCUUCAACGCCCCGGCGCCGGGCAAGAGCUGGGUGGCCCUCAUCCCGCGGGGCAACUGCACCUACAAGGACAAGAUCCGCCACGCCGCUGCCCAGAACGCCUCCGCCGUGGUCAUCUACAACGUGGGCUCCAGCAACGCCAACGAGACCAUCACCAUGCCCCACGCAGGCCUAGAAGAUGUUGUAGCAAUAAUGAUUCCUGAACCCAAAGGAAAAGAGAUAGUGAGCCUCCUGGAGAGGAACAUUACUGUGAUGAUGUACAUAACCAUCGGGACACGCAACUUGCAGAAGUACGUCAGCCGGACCUCUGUGGUGUUCGUCUCCAUCUCCUUCAUUGUGCUGAUGAUCAUCUCGCUGGCGUGGCUGGUCUUCUAUUACAUCCAGCGAUUCCGCUACGCAAAUGCCAGAGACAGAAAUCAGCGCCGGCUUGGAGAUGCUGCAAAGAAAGCAAUCAGCAAGCUACAAGUCAGAACAAUCAGGAAAGGCGAUAAGGAAACUGAGCCAGACUUCGAUAACUGUGCUGUUUGUAUUGAAGGCUACAAGCCCAAUGAUGUUGUCAGAAUUUUGCCUUGCAGGCAUCUUUUCCACAAGUCUUGUGUAGACCCCUGGCUGCUAGACCAUCGCACCUGCCCGAUGUGUAAAAUGAAUAUUCUAAAAGCUCUAGGGAUCCCGCCAAAUGCAGAUUGCAUGGAUGAUAUACCUCCAGACUUGGAAGCAUCCAUAGGAGGACCGCCAACCAACCAGACAACGGGAGCCAGCGAUGUAACAGUGAACGAAAGCUCUGUAGCCCUGGAUCCCCCGGUGCGGACUGUGGGAGUACUACAAGUCAUCCAAGACGUAGACUCCUUUCCCCAGGUUGGGGAGGGUAACUUCACAACAAGCAACGAACAGGAGCCAGCAGUCAGCAGUGAUUCAGAUAUUUCAUUGAUUAUGGCAAUGGAGGUUGGACUGUCCGAUGUGGAGCUUUCCACUGAUCAAGACUGCGAAGAGGUGAAGUCUUGAAAAACAAACAGAGAACCAACA